GAAAAUGAAGCCUCCACCCACAUGUACUCUAUUGGUUUAUUAUUCAACAAAUACACAUUUUUUAGUAGUUCUCUCUACAACCAGAACACUAAUGGCUACCCCAAGAUUUUUGGUCUUCUUCUCUUUGCUUCUUCUUGCUUUCAACUUUCAGACCCACGUUCUGGCAGCCCGUGAAAUGGUGAUGGAGAAGGAUGGCAAAAUAAUGGGCCGGAGAUUAAUAGCUCGACAGCUGGAUAUCUCUUGGAGAGGAAAUUAUUCUCCUCCUCCUCCUAUUCAUCCUCCUCUACCUCCACCUCCACCUCCACCUUAUUGUCCUCGCUCUCGCUCUCGCUCUCGUUCUCGUCCUUGUCCUCCUCGCUAAUCUUGCAAAAUGUUGAAUGUUUGUGAAUUUUUUCUUUAAUUCCCUCUCUUUGGUGUGGUUGGCUUUGGAACGUUAAGGACCACUGAAAGUAAAUUGUAUGAACUUCUAAUUUAUUCUAAGGUUAUGACCUUCAAUGGUGUAGUGUGAUUUUGGUGGAGCUAGAGGGCAUAGGUGCCUUUGGAGUUAAUUAUAGAUAAUCCUUUGAUUAUGUUAAUU